CAUCAAACGGAGAGAAACAAAUUUAGCUGUUUGAAUGAUGAAAGCUUUGGGUUUGACUCUCCUUCUGUACGAUUUGGUACUGCAAAGAAGUGCCCACGCAGUAAACAGCAGUACAAACAUAAUAACUGCAGCUGGAACCAAACGUACUGCAUUACAUACUGUACAUGUAAACACAGUUUGGGAUAUUUAUGAGCGAACGAGGUUUAAAACAGUCUACUUCUACCUCUGUAAUGAAGACGAUGAAAAAUUGCUUGAGCUUCUCUACGCUUUCUACAAUACAGAUAUGAAUUUGAAUCCUAAAGUUAGACAAACCAUGGAGAACAUGAGACCUGUUUAUAAAGAAGGAAGUCUAAUUUACUUUUGUCAGACACCGGAGAAGAAUUUAGAAAUUAAAGGAUCUUCAAUCGGUGUAUUUGUAAACACAGUUGAUAUUGAAUAUGUGAAAAAGAUCAGAAUUGAGGGCGCAGACAAUCAAGUAUUUUUUGUAAAUGAGGAGGGGUUUGUGAACGAGUUACAUGUUUAUAAGGCUGUAACUAGUGAGGUGAGCUACGGAGUCCGUCUUAAUAGUGAUCCACAGACUCAUGAAAGAGUAAAUUUAAGAGGAAUGCAGCUAAUAGUCGGGUACUUAAACGCAUCCUCCUAUGUACAGUACAAUGGACAGUUUUCAGGAACUCAGGGAAUGCUUUUUGAGCUGAUGAAAGGAAUGAUGAAUUUUACAUAUUCGGCGUUACCCAGUGUGGACGGAUUUUAUGGUUCAAAGGUUGAGGGAGGUAUGAAACACAAGGGCAAAACCUCCCAGUUUAAUGGACUGAUAGGUAUGCUGGAGAGAUCGGAGAUCGAUGUCGCUCUUUCUGAUCUUUCUCUGACAUUCACCAGAUCUCAGGUUGCUGAUUUUGGUGGAAAGAUGCUUUUACAACCGACCUACUGUUUAAUAACUAAACCAGGGAAGGAAAUCUCCUACGAAGCUUAUGUAAACCCUCUAGGGAAGGAUAUUUGGAUGUGGGUUUUCAUUUGUACCAUUGGCUUAACGACCUACAUGUUCGGCCUGCAGUAUGUUUCUGGAAUGUUAAGUACAGAAAAAAUCAAAUCUCAGGAUGAAACUAUACCUGGAAAGAUUCUGAUAUCCCUAGGAUAUGUCUGCAGGACAAUGGCAAAUAUUGAUCUUUUUCUUUUAGAAAUCAUCAAAUCGAAGUGAUCUAUACUUAGCUCUGCCAAAAGGUUCAUUUUUUGUCACUCUGAUGGAAUUUGCAACAGAGGGGGUGUACAAACGACUUUAUGAGGAAAAGGUGAAGGGUAAAGAGUAUGGAGUUUUAAGCUGGUCAGAUGAUGAAGUUCUAUUAAAAGCAAUUCAGGCGAACUAUGUUGUCAUUGGAUUCGGAUCCACAGCACUUGGUUUAAUAGGAAGAUAUCCAUGUGAAAUAACGAAGUUACCAAUAGAACCUAUGUUUCCAACUCAACUAGGAAUUUAUCUAAAGAAGAAUUCAUCUUUGACAAAAAUAUUUGAGGAGCAGUUACAGUUGUUGCAAGAGGGUGGAAUCGUCAAUACAAUCCAGAUACAGGCUGAUCGGGAAGAGAGUAGGAAGUACAAGGUUUGUGAGAACACUAAUCUCAAGCUCGGUAUCCAGGGAACAAUAUCAAUGUUUAUCGUGGUUGGUGUUGGCAUAGGAGCAGGACUGUGUCUCCUUAUCCUGGAGCUAAUCAUAAAACCUCCCUGUACACAGAAACGUAAACCCAAGCAGGUGUGGGGCACCUUGAGAGAAUUUCAGAAUAAAAAGUUUUGAAUAUUUUAUCUUGUGAUUUUGCAUCUUUGUGUCUGUUACACUUUGUAAUUGUAUGAGAAUCAAUAAACUAUGACAAAUUGAAAAUGAAUAAAUAUUUAUAGUCUUCAAA